UAUAAAGAAACAACUUUGUUCGUUACUCCAUAAAUCAAUGGGGGAAUUACUAAUGUUACGAUCGUCUGAUCAACGAUUUCUUUUUCUCUUACGUGCAUUAUAAAAUGUUUGUUUCCAUUCCUGGGUUUGUCAGUAUUUCUCAAGCGUCGGCUGAGCGAAGACGCCGUGUCACACUUUGUUCGUUCGAAGGGGAAAAAGAUUUGGAAACUUGGGAAACAGUGAAUUUUCUCUGAUAGAAUGACGCUAUACUGGACGAUCUUGGCCUGUAUCGUCUGCAUCGGUAGCAGCGUACAGUGUGUUUCUUCGAGCCCGGAAACUCGCGCACCGACCGGAAAAAUCCGUGGUUCUAUUCUAGAUUCAAGGCUUGGACGGAAGAUUUAUUCCUUCCGUGGAGUGAGAUAUGCCGAGGCUCCUACGGGAGAACGUCGUUUUCAGGUUGCAGUUCCAGCGGCCGAUUGGAACGACGUCUUCGAUGCAUCCGAAGAAGGUCCUUCGUGUCCAAAUUUAGAUGGAUUGCCAUCCACGUCCGAAGAUUGUUUGCGUUUAAACGUGUACACCACAAAACUGCCCUCGAAGAGCGAGAACGUAACCAGGCCAGUCUUGGUAUUCUUCCAUCCCGGUGGUUUUUACUCGUUCUCUGCCCAAAGUUUUUACUUUGGUCCUCAAUAUCUGAUGGAUAACGACAUCGUUCUGGUUACCGUGAAUUAUCGUCUUGGAACGUUAGGUUUUCUGAGUACAGGGGAUUCCGCGGCACCGGGGAACCUAGGAUUGAAGGACCAAGUGAUUGCCCUUGGUUGGGUUCGAAGGAACAUCGCCGCUUUCGGCGGAGAUCCAAAUUCUGUGACCAUCAGUGGUUACAGCGUCGGAGGACUCAGCGCGAUGUUGCAUAUGUUGUCACCAAUGUCCAAGGAUCUGUUCCACAGAGCAAUCGUGAUGAGCGGUUCGCUUUUAACCGCGGAACUUUACCCAACCGAACAAAAGCACCUCGCGAACAAGCAGGCGGAACUCUUGAACUGUCCGACCGAUAGUUCGGCAGCCAUGCUGUCCUGCUUGAAGUCAAAGCCCGUCGAAAACUUCACGGACACUAUGGCGAAAAUUUUUGAAUGGCACGGAGAUCCAAUUGUGAUCUGGAAGCCAGUCGUGGAACCGGAAGUCCCAGGGGUCGAGCGAUUUUUGACGGAUCAACCCAUUAAUCUGAUCAGACAAGGGAAGAUCAAUCAGGUCCCAGCUAUAUUUGGAGUAACCAAAGACGAAUUUGGCGGCGUAGUUGUUGCGUUUGAGAAUCAAACCAGACAAGGAAACGAUUAUUAUGGCGAGAUGAGCGACGAUUGGGAUCGGAUUGCACCGAUCAGUUUCAUGUACGAAUGUGGAACGCCACGAUCAAAAUAUAUCAGCCAUCAAUUACGGAAAUUCUAUUUCAAUGAUGAACCACUUGGCUCGAAUAACAGGAACGGUCUCGCCCACAUCUAUGCGGACAGUGUAAUCAUAUUUCCCAUGUAUCGUACCGCGAAACUGAUGGCUCGACACUCCAAAGAACCGGUCUAUUUCUACGAGUUUACGUAUCAAGGCCGUUACAGCUUUGCUAUGUGGAACUCCACCACACCAUACGGUAUCGUUCACCACGACGAUCUGCAGUAUCUGUUCUUCAUGAAGGAAAUCUUUUCGUUUUUCGAUAAAUCCGCGCCUGAGAUCCCAAUGGUAGACCUGUACACGUCUAUGUGGACGAAUUUCGCGGGGACUGGCCAUCCAGUUCCCAAGAGUGGGGCGUAUAAGAAGAUCAGAUGGGACAGGUUUAUCCCAGAGCAAGACAAUUACUUGGAAAUUAACUUGAACCCGACCAUGAGAACUGGCCUGUAUCUGGACAGAAUGCAAGAAUGGGAAAGACUCUUCCCUCUACCCGCAGUACCAAAACCCGCAUAAAAAAACUCGUCCGAUAACACUGGACAGAAAUCGACUGUUUCAAAGGAGGGUAAUCUCAGUCCGUUCGCAUACUUGUUGGAAAGUAAAAAAAAUCUGACGUAAUCGAAUUGUUUAUUGUGUACCAGUUGUGUAUUAAUAAAAUGUG